UGAAGUGUGAGAAGGAGGUUUUUAGGCAGGUAGACAACAUCCUGUUGUUCGGGUGCUUCUCUUUCUUUUUGCACAUCUAGCUGAACUGGGAGUCAGGUGGCUGACUUGUGCCUGCCUGCAGUAGCUGUCAUUACCCAAGUAGCAUCUGCGACCUCAGCCUGCCCACCGGGCCAUGGAUGCUGUAGCUGUGUAUCAUGGCAAAAUCAGCAGGGAGACCGGCGAGAAGCUCCUGCUUUCCACUGGGCUGGACGGCAGCUAUUUGCUGAGGGACAGUGAGAGCGUCCCGGGCGUGUACUGCUUAUGUGUGCUGUAUCAAGGUUACAUUUAUACAUAUCGUGUGUCCCAGACAGAAACAGGUUCUUGGAGUGCCGAGACAGCACCUGGGGUACAUAAAAGAUUUUUCCGGAAAAUAAAAAAUCUUAUUUCAGCAUUUCAGAAGCCAGAUCAAGGCAUUGUAAUACCACUGCAAUAUCCAGUUGAGAAGAAGUCCUCAGCUAGAAGUACACAAGGAAGAAGAGAAGAUCCUGAUGUAUGCCUGAAAGCACCAUGAAGAAAAACAAAAUACCUUGUUCUUUAUUUUCAGUAAUUUAAAUAUAUGUGAAGUCUUGUAGUGGGCUAUAAAUGCAUUUCUAAAACUGUCAUAGUCCUCUAGUGGAAGCAUGGAGCCUAAUAUUAAAGCUGAGAUGGGCUUUGUAGAUAAUGAAGAGCUUUGAAAUGAGGAUGGGGAGAAAAAUAAUUCCCGAGGUUAUAUUCAGUUAUUGUAUUUCCAAAUGGGAAGCAAUUUAAAGCACAAUGAAUGCUUUAUAAAAGAUUGACAUCAAUUCUUGCCAAACAUGAAUAAAAAUAAUCCUCAGGUUUUGUCCAAAGCACCAUUGUUAGUGAAAUAUUAUUUGAGGUUUAACUGAUUUUAAAUUAUUUUGCUUGAUUGUAUAGAGGGAUGUUGGUUGGUAACCUUCACCUUUAUCAUGUGUAGUUCUCCACUAGCUGUGG